AUGGCACGCAUCACGGGAUCACGCAUGACUCGAAGUCAGAGCCGGGAAGCAAAUGCAGGGUUUAUGCCAAACAAGGCAUCAUUGGAACAGAAUUGGCUGACCGGGCUGGCUGAGGAACCUUCCACUCCUUCUCCUGGGUUCAUCGUACCCAGACAUGUGAUACCAGAGUCGCCCGAAAACCAUGAAGGUCAUACCAAUGUGUCUGGUACCACCCUGGGUCACAACGAUGUGGAGCCCGUUGGUUCUCAAGUCGCCGAAAAAAUCGCAACUCAUCUGCCAUUCGUCCAACAACAGGCGACCCUUGUGAUGAGUCUCUUGGUUCGACCAGAUCUGAACCCGGACAGCCUUGCAGCUGAGUCCAAGAAGCUCGUCGAUUCUAAUCACCCGAACCGGAAACGCUUGAGACGAUCUGUGGAAGGGCUGACAGAUGAGUUGGAAGACUCUCCUCUUUCUCGUGAUGGUAAAUCAUUCUUGGACAUCUCUCAGGCUCGUCGCUUGCUUUCGUCCGCACAACUGGACGUGUCAACCACAGAUAUCUACAUGACAAACUGCGCUCUGUUGACCCUCAACAUGUUUCUCCCCAGCAUGGGUACAGAGUCACAGUCUGAGGUCAUCCAACAGCUGGAUGCCCAGUUCCCCGCAUGUGUCAUGAAUCACCUUGCGGACAGUUCUAUGUCAAGGAAAAUCGGGGCGAGUAAUACCACCGAGGCCACCUUCAAUCUUGCAUUGGGUAUCCGCACACAGUUCUUCAUCAUGGAGUUAGAAAGGCGUCAGCAUGAGCAGGACUUCGACCCACUCUCCAUUUUGAGACAGGUUUUUGUUAUGGACCUUGUGUCUAGUGAAGAUGACCCCCAGAGUAUCCCCGCUUCCUUCCGAGGAUUCAACUUGCCGGGUGUCUUACAGGACGAUGAUGGCCAUCUUCCCGAACAUCUCCCUGAGAAGUUUCUCAUCGCUGUUAGCGAUAGAUUCAAUGAGCUUCACGAGGAACUUUCUGAGUGGGAUUCCGUUGACAUUGAUGGUUUGAAGAAGGCAUACAGAUGGCGGUCGUUUGAACGGGACCUUGCACGUUGGAUCUAUGCCCGUGACAGAGAAAUCAAGGAUGACAUCAGACGCUUGUCAGAAAAGGCAGAAAAGGUGCAUAUCUCACCCGCAUCUCGUCGCCUUACUUCUGUCCCGGUUGGAACUCCUAGUCGGCGCCAAGUAUCGACGGUGCCUCGAAGUGGUGAAAGCGGUCGUCGGGGAGCCUUGCCGCAACGGACUGAGUCUCCUCAGAAAGAACGAUUGAUAAACAUCGCACCGGGGGUGGACAUGGCACCAGAUGCAGAGAACGCGUCCCAGGCAUACCAGGCACCUCAGACGGACAAAAUACCUGCACACAACGCUUCUCGGCCACGCAGCACUUCUCAAAACGUCCCUGAACGAAGUGUCUCCGCCCAAGUCGCACAGGUGGCAGCAAAAGAUCCGGGUCGACGUAAGUCCAAAAGCAACUACCGAGACCCGGCCUCAUUCGCGGCACUCAUGAGGCGCCAGGCUACUAGUCACCAACAACCUGUCUCGGUCGAAUCGCAAGCCGUAAACAUUUCUACGAACACAAGUAUUGUGGCGCAAGCGAUUAACCCUGGCCCUCCUGCUGGUCGCACAGUUGAGCCUCUCGAAAUUCAACAAUCCCCCGAGCUGAGAUACACAGACAUCGGCGAUGACUCUACAUAUGUCAACAAUGACGAAGAGCUGGACCUCGGCAACGGCCCAGAAACUGAUGUUAUCACAUCGACCAGCCCACCCAACUCGGCUAGAAUCAGUCGGGUCAGCCACAAUCCUACUCCUCGGUUCUUUGAUUCGCCCGGAGAUGAAAACACACAGCGAUCAGUUCCGGUCGCUCGGCGAUUCCUCGAUAAACAGAAUAACGCUGGAGUUGUGUCGCCGAUAAGUCAAUUUGAUAGCCAAAGUGCAGGGCAGACGGUGCUGGGGAAGCGAAGCCGGAAUAUUGAUGACCUGGAUGAUGACUCAAGUGACGGAUCAGACAUUGAAUUCGAGCAGAACAAUCAGGAAGUCGACCCUAUGCGUCGGGCGGAAAAGCCUGCCGCGAAGCGACAGCGCCCCCAGGACAAUGGGGGCUCUACCUCAGCACAAUUGCAAGCGGAUAUCAACAGAUCAUUCCACCCCCGGUCUAACUCGGCACAACUUUCCCAACGGGCCCAAAGAGCUGAUAGUGAGGACGUCACCGAUGAAGAGACUGCCGUUGAACAGUAUGGACCGCCCUCUAGUUCCCAGAGUCGCUGGGCAGCCUCCAAUUCCCAAGCUGCUAUGAUCAACCGGGCAGCUCCAAAGGCCAGCUACAGGUGGACAGAGGAAGAAGAUGAACGUCUGCUUCACCUCAUGGAAAUUUUUGGCACUGCCUAUGCCGCAAUCAAGAAGCAAGACAACGCUUGUCCUGCAUCUGAGGGUGGUCCUAUGCUUGAACGACGUUCCCAGGUCAAUUGUAAAGAUCGUGCUCGCAAUCUGAAGAGGAAGUACCUCAGAGAGGGCCGCCCACUUCCGCCGAACUUGGAUAAAGCACCAGGUUAA